UAAUAUUAUAUAGCUGUAAAUGAGCAUGCUACAUUGAUUUGUUGUUUAUAAAUUAAUUAACGAUUCUUAUUGGAGGCUAGACAGCGGGUAAGGUUUGUUUCGUCACUAUAGUGAGAAGUUCGAGUGGUUUGCUUUCGAAUUAAAUGAGUUUACGCAAACUUAGUCAGGUCUGAUGGGUUCAUACGGCGUAGUUAGCGAAGUAGAAAAGAAACGCAACAUUCCGCUGUAUAGAUUACUUUUAUAAACUAAGCAUUUAAUCAGGUUUUUGACAUAGAUAAGUGAAAUGCAAGUGAUCUUGUAACAGUGUUAGGCAACACAAUGGGGCGAAUGCUUAUUUUUGUGCUUGCCCUGGUUGUAAACUGCUGUUUAGGAAACACACAUGCUCAACAAAUACGGCACAACUAUGGGAUAGAAGUAGCGAAUGGCCGAGUCGUUUAUAUGACGAAGAAUUUGCUUUCUUUCCCAAGUGACCCUGAAACUCCGUGCAAAGUUGAAGUUGUGCAAAACGAACCGAUGUAUCAAAAAGUCGGAUCCUUUACGCCCGAGACGUUCGAUUGCGACUACCUCCCGAAUUCUGUUAGAUACGAGCACAACGGUUCACCAUUUCUUCAUGAAGAUGUUGUUAAACUUCGAACUUACAUUCUUAUGCCUAACGAAACUGUUCAAGAAACCGUGUUAGUGCAUAUCACAAUAUUAAAUUCUCGAUGUGACAUCAUUCAAAUUAACGAAGUACCAUUGCGUGUGGAAAGGACAACUUCGGUUUCCAACCCGAUCAACAGAGAUGUAAUGGAGUUUCAUUACGACCGUGAUUUUGAUACUAUAUGCGAGGUUCAGAUCAUGUACGAGGGUUUAUAUGAUUUUCCCGCCCAUGGGGAAUUGGUUAAAACCGCAAACUCAACAGACGAACAUGAAUUGACGUCUCCACAAUAUAUUAGAACUGGGACAAUUGUAUCAAGAUGCGAUGACUUUUUAUUGUUAGGUGUUCGAUACAAACAUGGAUCAUCCCCCACACCUGAUGUUGAUUAUAUUCCAAUUCAUGUCAUUGUUACUGACAGGAGAUCUGGUUCUGUUUUAACACAAGAGAAGCAUUACCUACCUGUGAUAAUUUCUUAUGCAUUCCCAAACCAACCACCAAAGCCUUCAUUUACAAAUAUGUACAUUCUUGAGGUUGACCAAUUUGUGCUUACCAACAUUUUGCCGAUGACUGUGUCAGCAAUGGAUGGUGAAACUAACAAUGAACGUCUUAUUUUCAAUAUUACUAAACCACCAGCUGAUGGGUUUAUUACACAUUUGAAUGAUGAAAGCAAACAGAUUGACUCGUUUUUGCAAGAGGAUUUACAGAGUCUUCAGAUUGCAUAUCAACCACCAAAUAUUAGUUAUCCAGAAAGACAUUCUUUUGUUGUUGAAUUCGUUGUCUUUGACUCAUAUUAUCUACAAAGCCUUCCAAUUAAAGCGCUAUUCUCAGUUAGAGUUGCACGCACAAAUGCACCAAGAGUGUCCUGGAAUAUGGGAUUAUCUAUGUUGGAGGGACAGUCUCGACCACUCACCCACAAUUCUUUCCAAAUUGUAGACAGAGACAAUCUUUACCAGGUGCGGUUUAUGUUGGCUGGGGGAUUACAACAUGGGCGUUUAUAUAUCAACAAUAGACCUGGGUUUACCUUCAAUUGGAGAGAUAUUGAAAACAAUGUAGUUGUAUAUCGUCAUGACGAUACUGACACACGGAAAGAUAAAAUUGUUUUUCGAAUAACUGAUGGAUUUCACAGCACAAGAUUUAAACUUCCAAUUACAAUCUUACCCAAAGACGAUGCACCUCCAUAUUUAAUAAAUAAUAUUGUUUUCAAUGUACGGGAAGGUCAGACAAUUCUGAUUCAUCGUUUCAUGUUGGAAGCUCAUGAUGCAGAUUCAAGCGCAGAUUAUAUUAAGUUUAACAUUACUAAACUACCAUCUGCUGGCGAGAUACAAAAAAGACGUAAAUGGGAACGUGCUGGUUGGUUUGUCGACAAGUUUCAACAAUCUGAUCUUUAUCAGGGCCUAAUAUAUUACAAGCAUCUUGGGAAUGAACUAUUUGAAGAUUCAUUUGAAUUUACAUUGAUUGACAGCUGUGUUCCUGUGCCCAACAUAUCCCCUGUUCAUAAAGUCGUGAUACGAAUCACCCCUGUUGAUGACCUUCCACCUCAACCUGCUGAUGGAAAUACAUUGUCGCUUACAUUGAAUGAAACAGAUGUUGUACAUUUGACCAGAAGAGAGUUGCAUUAUAUUGAUAUGGAAGAUGAGGAAACUGAUGUGACGUUUACUAUUGACAUAGGUUGUCGAGUAAUUGGAAAAAAUGAUGAAAUGAAUGCUGGUCGGUUGGUCUUUACAGAUGAUAUGGUGAUGUUAAUGAAAGAUCCAUCUGUACCAACUUUACGUACAUUCACACAAAGUGCUGUUGAUCAUCAAAAAGUAGCAUACAUGCCUCCAAUGUCAGAUAUUGGUUUGCAUCCGGUUGAUAUUGAGUUCAUAUUCACAGUGAGUGAUGAUCAUAAUAGGCAAGUGAGAGGAGUUAACUUUGCAAUCACACUUCUACCUGUUGAUAACCAGGCACCUUCAAUCCAAGGUACAAGUUUAUAUUUGAAUGAAGGAGGAACAGAAAAUAUUUCCCCUGAUUUGAUUCAAAUAGAUGAUGAGGACACUUUAAGAGAAAACAUCAUCCUUGUUUUAACAAAAGUACCAUCAGCAGGAACAAUUUUCCGAGAUGGAGUAGCUAUGGUUGAAAAUGAUACUUUUUUAUGUCAAGAUAUUGAGCAAUUUCGAAUGGUUUAUACUCACGAUGGUUCUGAAAAUCAUCUUGAUCAGUUUGAACUAACAGUGAGCGAUGGAAAACAAACAUCUUCAACAUUGAUGAAAGUGCAAAUGGAACCUGUUGAUGAUUUAUCUCCGUCUAUUCAUGGCAGCAACACAACAUUGAGCGUACAUGAAGGUGGCUCUGUAUUAAUCGAUAGUGAGUUUCUUUCCGCCACAGAUGAAGAUACAACAGAUGACAAUCUUAUAUUUGAAGUCUUGUCGUUUCCAAGUCAUGGAAACAUAGUUAUUAAUGGCAAGACCGUCACCACAUUUCUGCAACAAGAUAUAAUAAAUAAGAAAGUGUUUUACAUCCAUGAUAAGUCAGAAGUUGGUCAGUCUGUCAUGCAUGAUGUUGCAACCGUGAUGGUGACAGAUAGAAGAGGUCAACCAAGUGAAGAUGAUAACUCUGUUGUAAAAACAAAGGAUUUGUUGUUUGAUAUUUAUCCAAUUAACUCACGACCACCAAGGAUUGCGCUCGGAAACGAAGUUUUUAGAUGCAAUGAAGGAGAAUUCAAAACUUUGUCUCAAAAUUUCUUAAUGGCUGAUGACAUUGACACACCCAGUUUAAAUCUUAGUUUUAUAAUAACCGAAAACCCAACUUUUGGUUAUUUGGAAGAUGUAACUCCAAGACCGGGUUAUGAAAAAAUCAUUGGAAAAAGAACAACUCGCUUCAAUUAUUCUCAACUAUUGGAUGGAAAUAUUCGUUAUGUUCAGUCAAUUCAUGAUGGAAUUGAACCAACAUCCGAUCAAUUUUCUAUUCAAGCAACAGACGGACAUUACUUCUCUCAACAGGUACCUUUUCUUGUAUCAAUAACUCCAAUGAAUGAUGAAGAACCUGUUUUCCGCGUCGAAAAUAUAACAUGUAGUGAAGGAAACAUGUCACCCAUGACAUUGAUUGUGGAUGAUAUGGAUAUCCCUCAUGAUAAUGUGAUGGUGGUCGUGAGUAAACCUCCAUCACACGGGAUGGUUGUUGAUGAAAUGGAAAUGUUGGCGAGAGUUCGACGAUCUGAUGACGUGCUAAGGUAUAGGGAAGAGAGUCACCAUGAUGAAAUGCAUGAAAUGAAUGAAUUCUCAAUGGAACAACUAGCCCACCAUAAUGUUAUGCCAACUUACAUGCAUGAUGGAUCGGAAUCUACAUUUGAUCAAAUUGAACUCAAAGUAACAGAUGGCAUACAUAUUCAAAAAACAAAAUUGAUGGUUAAUAUAAUUCAAGUAAAUGAUGAAAGACCAAUUGUUGUUCGUAAUGAAGGAAUUAGAUUAGAAAUUGGAUCGACAAAGAUCAUAAGUUCAGUUUCAUUGCAAACCACUGAUGCGGACACAGAAUCGUCGGAAUUGGUUUACGAGUUGCAUUCAAUACCAAGAAGAGGAGACUUGCAAAUAAAAAGAGGAAAUGUAUGGGACAGUUUAGAAUAUGCUCAUACUUUCACCGAGGAGGAUGUUGAAAUGAAUCGAAUCCGUUACCAACAUUCAAGUGUUCUCGGGUCGAAAGCACAAGAUUCGUUCAGGUUUUCUGUGACUGAUGGUGAAUUUACAACCCAUCGUAUUAGGUUUAACAUUAAUAUUGAACACACCAAGAAAAAUGCUGUUCAUAUUAUAACUCAUCCCCUGCAUGUAAAUGAAGGAGGCCAGGGUUUUGUUACCAGCAACAUUCUGUUAGCAAGUGAUGGUGCACAUCGACCAGAAGAAAUUACGUUUGAUGUUAUUGGUCUACCAUUAUAUGGUCAAAUUGAAUAUGUCAAUUUUCCACAAAUUCCAAUUGAAAUGUUUAGCCAGCUUGAUGUGUUAGCACGAAAUGUUAAAUAUGUUCACACAAGCAAAGUUGACUCACCUGUGGAUUCUUUUCAUAUCUUGGCAAGUAAUGGCAUAAAAACCAAAGAAGUGGAUGUCACUGUUCUCAUCACAUCUGUAGAUGAAGAACUUCCUCGUGUAUCAAUCCACACCGAUGUAACAUCAUCGAAUAUAAAUGCUGGUCAAUCCAACCUUAUGAUGUACAGUGGAUCAACUGUUACCAUAACUAACAUGAUAAUCAACAUAACUGAUGAUGAUACAGCCGAUGAUAAUGUUCGACUAAAUAUUGUGGAUCACCCUGAACAUGGAUCACUUACAUGUGAUGGUAAUUUUAUCGGUCAAUCAACUGUAAUCUCACUCAAUGAUUUGAAACGAGGGGUGUUUGCUUAUCAACAUAAUGGUGAUGGUGCAAGCAUUGAUCGCUUUACGUUUACCGUGAGUGAUGGAGUUCAUGCUGGUUAUAUUUACCAAGGACACAGAACUUUGGAAGCAUUGUCUUUUAACUUGAGAAUAGAACGGUUGGAUGAGAGUUCACCAUACAUUGCUGUUAAUGUGGAACCGACAACAAUACAAGCAUUAGGCACGGGUAAAUCACCAGAUUAUGGAAUAUACUUGGACUCAAGUGUUUUAAGAGCAGAAGACUCAGCAACAAGCAGAAACGAAGAUCUUUUGUUUUCAAUUCUUACUCCACCAUCAUACGGAAUACUUCGUCUGGUUGGACAAGAAAUAUAUGAUGAUAUUUCAAUAAUGCAGUUCACACAAGCUGAUUUGGAUCAUCGUAAUAUUGUUUAUGUGAUAUCAAGUAAUCUACGUGUCACUAAUGAUAAUUUCACUUUCACUGUCCAAGACGCAUGGAGCAACAUGUUGUUUGGAAACAAAUUUUCGAUGUCAUGGUCCCGCUUAGAAAUGGAAGAAAAGAAAAUUAAAAUUUGUGAAGAAGUUGGGACGAUUCAAAUCAGCUUGCAUAGAAUGGGAAACUUAAGUCAGUCGUCCUUUAUCAGUGUUUUUGUGAAACCGGGAAGUGCAAGACCUGAAUUGGAUUACAAUCCAAGCAGUGCUUUACAAGUCCAGUUUGACCCUGGAUCAGCACAGCAAACAUGGGGUGUAACGAUAAAUACUGACGAAAUUGAAGAAAGAAGUGAAAAGUUUCUUGUGAAGCUUCAUGCGCCAGUAAACACAGUGCUCAGUAGAGAGAAACAUAAAACGCUGAUAAUAAUUAAAGACCAUUCGCACCCAACUUGUUCUGGCAGAAUUUUAAGAAAAAAGAAAAAAAAUAAGAAAAGUCGAAAAAAGAAGUCCAAAACAAAAAAAUCAAAAAAGAAGAAAAGAAAAAAGAAACAUAAAAACGUUGCAUCUGAUGGCCCAUCAUCUACCAAUGCUGUCAGAACAGUCCGAUAUGGAAAGAUUGGAAAUGGAAUUACAGUUUCACCUGCUUCGUUCUUUAGAAAUGAAACCCAUCGUAUUUGGAGGUAUCAUGGGAUCUUACCAGUAACUGUUGAUGAAACUGAAGAACAUUCUAUUUCUUUACCAUCAAAUAUAAAUCAACCAACAGAGUCAUCAAAUUUGAAGGAACUUCAUCUUAUAGAUGAAUCACAAGCUAAUGACGAUCCAGCUGUGUCUAAAGUAUCAUUGUUUAAAACAAGAAUAAAUGUACAAAACUCUAACGAAUCCGCUGUAAUAACUGUGAGAGGAAAUUCACAAACAGACACACCUUCAAGCAGUAUUUCUAAGCUUUGUGUUUUAUCAUCACGUGGUCGUCUUUAUUAUGACACUGAAAGGUCAGCUUUAUUUCAAUGCAAUGGUGCAGAGUGGAUACCAUGGGUGCCAAAUUCAAAACCAAAAGUUAGCACCGUAACAAGUCAGGUAGAAACGUGUGAAGAUGGAUGGAUGGCUUUUCAAAACAAAUGUUAUUAUGUGAGUGAUGUACAAGAUAUUUCAUGGAACGCAGCUCAGCGUUUAUGCCGUGAAACGCAUGCAGCUAAUCUCGUUUCCAUUCACAAUCGAAAACAACUCAACUGGCUUUGGAAACUGUCAAGAAAAAACUCGUUUUACUUAGGACUAAAUGGAAAACUCAAUCCACGAAACUGGGAAUGGAUUGAUGGAAAUAAUGUUGUGUUUACAAACUGGAAGAAUGGAUUUCCCCAUCAUGGUGGUGGAAGCUGUUCCAUUGUUGCUCGGAAAAGAUGGAUAAACCAUUCAUGUUCAUCAACCCCAUCGCAUCAAACUAAAUAUAUUUGUGUGCGAAAUCCAUAGAUCAAUUUAUUCCAAUCUAUCUCUCAAAGUGCUUUCACCUCAAUGUCUUCUUUAUUUAGCAGAACUUUUUAAAAUUUUAAAGUACAAAAUUUAAAAAACUCUUAAAAUUCCAUCAUGAAACGCAAAAACAAGUAAAACCAACACAUAUUAAACAUUGUUUAAUAAAACGUAAGUCUGGUUUGUCCUCCCUUGCUCCCAGGCACUCUCUCAUAUGUUAACAUUUUUCUUUUUGCGUGUGGAGUCAUGAUAGCGGUUUGUGAAAACCUCUUACAGUUGUCUACUUCUGUAAAAUCAGUAACAGGAUGAUAUUCAUUGAAUGUUAAACAGUAACCAUACCUUGAAUAUCAUGCUUCAAUAAAUUAUGUGCCUGUUGAAAUGGUCUGGCAAUUCCAACAUGUAAACUUCCACUUGAACCUGAACUAGGAGUAGCAUUUAUACCUCUGUCAUAGUUUACAGGUGGAACAACCUGUUGUGUAUUGGGCUCAAUAUUACAAAGCAAGCAGAAUGUUUAGCGAUAUUUCUUUACCAGAUUUUGUAAAUAUUGUGAGCAGUUUCCAUUUGUCUCAACAUUGGCAGAAAAACCCCGUUUUCUGAAAUAAACAACCAAAUGGAUUA